GCCGAUUUUGCUGUUGCUCUAAUUGAGUUCGCCUUUCCUUGUUUGCUAUCAUGUGCUGUUUCCGACUCACCGCUUUUGCAAACUAGUCAAUGGCGCCCUUAAAUUAACUUAACACCUAGCAGGGUCACCUUCAUAAGUCCAAUCUCCUCCCUGUUACCUUCUUUUCUCUUACACACUCAAUCAUGGCACCACCUUCAGCGGUCUCGUAUGACAUCGAAGCUGUCACUGAUACUGAAGCCAUUGUGCUACCUAACCCUUUGACCGUCAAUGGCGUAGCCUCCAGACGAGCAAAGGCAGGCAAAUUGGUUGCAGGAACAGCGGCAUACACUAGUAGCGACCUCUUCAAGAGUUCUACCGCUGGAAAGCCAAAGGCGAAGAGAUGGGAUCACUACUUCAGCAUCGAGACCAAAUCAAGACAACCCUCUAGUCUUAAAGGAGCUGCCAAAUACCUGAAGACCCCCGGAUUGAUAUCCCUUGGAGGAGGCCUACCACUCGCAGAAAACUUCCCCAUUGAGGAAAUCUCGGUCAAGGUACCAACACCACCCCACUUCAAGGAGAAAGAGGCAAUCAAGACGGGAACAACCUUGAGUGCUGGCAAAUACGACGUUUCGGAGGGAAAGAGUGUCUAUGAUCUGUCAAUUGCGCUCAAUUACUGCCUGGGAACGGGUGCGGCACAGAUGCUUCGUUGGGUCACUGAACAUACGGAGAUUGUCUGCAACCCACCAUAUGCUGAUUGGCAAUGUACUCUCACCGUUGGCAGCACGUCUGCUUUGGAUCACGCAUUCCGGAUGCUCUGCGAGAGAGGUGAUUAUAUCUUGGCUGAGGAAUACACGUUCUCCUCUGCUGUCGAGACCGGACUUCCUUUGGGCGUAAAAUUCAUCGGGCUCAAGAUGGACGACCAAGGUCUGAUUCCUGAGGCCAUGGACGCACUGUUGAGCAACUGGGAUGUUGUAGCUCGAGGAGCUCGGAAACCAUUCGUUCUCUACACCGUCCCAUCAGGCCAGAACCCAACAGGCGCAACUCAGGGCGUAGCUCGACGACGAGCAAUCUACAAAGUCGCCCAAAAGCACGAUGUCUACAUCCUCGAAGACGAGCCGUACUACUUCCUUCAAAUGCAGCCUUACACAGGUCCCAACGCACCUGGUAUUCCACCUCCUUCCAGCAACGAAGAGUUCCUCCGCUCAUUAGUCCCAACAUUCCUAAGCAUGGAUAUUGAUGGCCGAGUCAUGCGCCUGGAUUCUUUCUCCAAGGUCAUUGCGCCCGGUACACGAGUUGGAUGGAUUACAGCCUCCGAGCAAAUCAUCGAGCGUUUCGUCCGCGCCAACGAAGUCUCUGUCCAAAACCCGAGCGGUAUUUCGCAAAUGGUGUUGUUCAAGAUGCUGGAUGAGCAUUGGGGUCAUGGUGGCUAUUUGCAGUGGUUGAUCAAUUUGAGGAUGGAGUAUACUAGCCGUCGAGAUAUCUUGCUGGCUGCAUGUGAGAAAUAUUUGCCGAGGGAGCUUGUGAGCUGGAAUCCGCCUGCUGCAGGCAUGUUUCUCUGGCUCAAAGUCGACUGGCGCAAGCACCCCGCAGCAAAAACCAAAUCCAUCCUCGAAAUCGAAGAAGAGGUCUUCCUCGCCGCCGUCGAGCAAGGCGUCCUCGUCAGUAGAGGUAGCUGGUUCACUGCCGAUCGCGAGAACUUCGUCCAUACUGAACUAUUCUUCCGCGCUACAUUCGCUGCUGCUUCGGCAGAUAAGAUGAGCGAGGCUACCGCGAGAUUUGGGAUUGCACUUCGUGACAUUUUUGGACACUAGGUGGAGUAGAGAUUAGUGCAAAAUUGGGGGGCGUUUUGAUCAUGGUGGCAAGACUGAAUAUUGAUUUUGCGAGGCGUCCAGAUGGAUCUUUUGGAAUGCAUAGAUUAUAAUGAUGAGUUGACCUCAAUAUCUGGAAUUUUCCAUGCUUCCCGAGUAGAAUUCAUCUUUUUAUUCUAAUAGAUAUCUUGCAAAUGCUGUAAAUCCAUCGUUAUGUUCACGUUCAGAACAUCAUGCGGGCCCAGUUCAGCCAGUGCCCUGCUUCCCAGCUUAGAGAAAGCAUAUAUAUAAAAGCAUGAAAGGCU